AUGUCAGGUGACCUCCUGGCCCUUCCUCUUCUGACCACGCCCACUGGGACCACUGCCAUCAACAGCUCCGAGGGGGCGGAGCAUGGAUGGGUGCAGCCUCAGUUCACGGUGGCGGCGCAGUGCCGGGUGGUGGCCACGCUGCUGCUGUGUGUGUGCGCGUCUGUGAGUAACACAUGUGUGUUGGUGAGUGUGUGGCGCACUCGGGGCCUGGCCUCCCACCUCAGGCCCUUGAUGCUGAGCCUGGCGGGGGCCCACCUGAUGGGCGCUCUGCUGGUGAUGCCGAUGGACGCGGCCUGGAACAUCACGGUGCAGUGGAGAGGGGGCGCUGUCCUGUGUAAGCUGCUGUGUUUCCUGAAGCUGCUGUGCAUGCACGCCUGCGCACAUGUGGUCAUCGUCAUCAGCCUGGACCGCCAGCACGCCAUCCUGCGGCCUCUGCGCGCGCUCAGUGCGCACCAGCGCAACCGCCGCAUGCUCACGGCUGCCUGGCUGCUGAGCGUGCUGCUGGCCACGCCUCAGACAUCCGUGAAGUACCUGGGUCACAUUGUUUCGGAGAAGGGUGUGGAGACGGAUCCUGGAAAGAUCGAAGCCUUAAAAUCCUGGCCGAUUCCUACGAACUUAAAAGAGUUGAGAUCAUUCCUUGGAUUCGCCGGUUAUUAUCGGCGGUUUAUUAAGGAUUAUGCUUCUUUCACCAAGCCGCUGAAUGACCUCACCAAAGGUUAUGGGUCAACACGGAAGUCCAACAAGAAAGGGUCAGUUCAUGGUGAAGAUCCACCCUUUACCCUUGUGGAGUCUCUCUCAGUGCAUGUGAAGGCCAUUCCAGACUGCUAUGCUGCUGAGGAUCUUCAUGGCCUUCCAGAACUUCCAGAGCUGGCAGAGAAAGAACUGAGAGAUCGACAGCAGGCUGAUCCGGCCUUCCAUGAGCUCUUCAUCUUCCGGCUGAGUAAAGCUUUGGACGUGGACUUCACGCAGUGUGCGACUCACGGCAGCUUCUCGGAGCGCUGGCAGGAGACGCUCUACAACAUGUUUCACUUCAUCACGCUGUACGUGUGCCCCCUAGUGGUCAUGGUGUGGUGCUACAGCUGCAUCCUGCUGCACAUCCAGAGACAGGCCACCGUCCAGAAAGCCGGGGAGUGGAGCCUGCGGCGCUCGGGCACUGACAUCAUCCCAAAGGCUCGUAUGAAGACGGUGAAGAUGAGCGUGAUCAUGGUUCUGUCCUUCGUGGUCUGCUGGACACCGUACUACCUGCUGGGAGUCUGGUACUGGUUCCAGCCCUCGGUCCUGGACCACACCCCAGAGUACGUCCACCACACACUCUUUGUCUUCGGGAACCUCAACUCCUGCUUGGACCCCAUCAUCUACGGCUUUUACUCGCCGUCGUUCAGGGCCGGGCUGAGGCAGUGCUGCAGGAGGAGGAGGAGGACCACUGUGAUCAGGGACCUGAACCAGAGCCCAGCCAUGACCAAAGACCAGGUCCCACGGGAGGAGCAGGAGAUGGGCAGUCUGAGCCCAGAGCAGGGGGAACUGGAAGUGAGGCCUAAUGGACAGAGUGGGACCUCCCUCUGUUCACUUGUGCAGAAGUUCACUGGAGGCAGCGUCAGCAUGGCUUUUUAG